AGAGAUCGUAAGCCGACUACACAUCCUCACUUCCCUAUUCCCCUCCCUCACCGAAUCCCGAGCCAAUAUCGUCCAAUCAAUCUACAACAUGGCCCAGAAACCUAGCCUCAUAUUUGUGCCUGGCGCGUGGCAUAGCCCUGAAUGUUGGGGCAAGAUCAUGUCCGCCAUGGAGGCUAAAGAGUUCAAGUGUAUUCCCGUCGCACUUCCGACAAACCAAUCAACAAGCACCGACGUUAAUUACUCGCAUGACGUUAAAGCUGUUGCCGAUGCCAUUGCUGGCGAGACGUCGCAAGGGCUUGAUGUCGUUCUGUUGGUGCACUCCUAUAGUGGACCGGUGGGACAAAGUGCCAUGAGAGGCUUCACCAACAAUUCUGCCGACACAGACGGAAAGACUGGUCGUGUGAUAGGGCUUUUCAAUGUUGCAACCGGUUUCGUCCGCGAAGGCGCGUCCUUUCUAGACGCUCUCGGCGGCAAACCCCUACCGACUUGCGAAGCUGACUAUGAGAAUAAUCUAAUGGUCAUCGUAGUCGACCCAAUCGACAUGAUGUACCACGAUCUCCCAGCAGAAGAGGCCGAUUACUGGGUUGGAAAGCUCAGCAAACAUGCCUUGACCGGUUCGACGGAAGGAUACGAAGUCACGUACGAAGGAUGGAGGGAUGUGCCUGUUUGGCAGAUCAUGACCAAGGAUGAUAGGGCUUACCCUUAUGAAGCGCAGAAGAUGCUUGUUCGAGGUGCGGAAAAGCUUGGUGCGGAUGUCACGAAGCGGCUUAUUGAUAUCACUUCGCCCGCAGUAUCGCUUCAUACCUUCAACGGUUCUGGGAACAACGGCACUUUCUGGACUACGUCUCAGGAUGGAGUGAUCUGGACUAUGGUCAAUUGUCUCGACGAUGCCAUGAGUACACCUCCUUCUGAGACAUUCGAACCAAGCACAAGCCCAGCUGUAGCUGUUUACCAGGACACUCUUUACGUCGUUUGGAACAGCUCGGCAGCCGACGGCACCUUAAGAUAUACCUAUGUCAAUAAAGCAACAAAUGCAUUUGCCCAACCAAAGAAUCUCACUGGAGGUGGACUUUCUAUUCGAAGAAAGACGAGCCCGGCCAUGGUUGAGUUCAAUGGAUUGCUUUACUUGUUCUUCAACGGUUCUGGUCUAAAUGGCAUAUGGAUGACGACCUUUAAUGGGAAUGUCUGGGCCGAUGUCAGUCCGGUUACCUCUAAUCUUGGAGGAAACUUCAUGGAUCGCACAAGCCCUGCCAUUUUUGUCUCUGACGACAAAAGAGUGUGGACUCUUCUCUGGUACGGAAGCGGAAGCAAUGGCACAUGGUAUACCACUACCACGAACGGAAUAACAUGGUCGAAUCAAGUUGGUCUAAAUGACGGUCAAGUACUCAUGGCUGGGAGUAGCCCUUGUGGCAUUGACUACCAUGGACGACCAUACAUAUUCUUUGUUGGUGGAGAGGGGAACUUGUGGAACUAUGACGGGGUCAUAUUAUAUUUUACACUUAAUGAGCCCAAGUAUUCUUUGGCCAUGGAUGCCUUCCUCGAGGGAAAUGAUUUCGCAUUCGUGGCUCAAGACGAUGCCACAGUCAAAUAUCUCGAGGCCCAGUUCGCGAACGGAUCGGUCAUUAUUCAGAAUCCUUCAAGCCCCCCAAAUAUCAUUCAGAGCGCAAACCCCAGAAACCAAACAGUUGCGGGCAAUGCAAACUGGAUAAACCUUUGGCACUAUUUCUACAAUGGGAGCCCUAGUGCUAUCACCAGGGAAGCCGUCAGCCUAUUGGCUCUUGCUACCCUUGCUUUCAACUUAAAUUAUCUUAUUAGCAUCAACACCGACUCUCAGAUGAGAUUUUCGCCCAGACUUAUUUUUCGCCGGAUCCCCCCGAACAAAGGCUAA